CAUGAUAAAUAAUAAUAGGGUUGAGUAGUUAGUCACAAGUAGGUCUUUCAAUUCUCAACAACACGCUAACAACAAACUCAGAGGCAUAACUAGAUAAUUAAUCAUAUCAUUUGCAUAUCUUAUCAAAACCAUGGUGUGUCUCAAUUUACAUACAAGCAGACAAGUGACCAUAAUGGGGACGCCGAGAAAUCCCUUUGGACUGGAAAUUCCGAAGGACAAGCUUGCAUCGUUUGAAUCAACUGUGGAAGAAAACCGACUCAAGAAAAAAUUCAUUAAGACAAAGUUGGAGGCCGAAAACUUGGAGAAUGGCUUAAGAAAAUUGUCCAUGGAAUUUAGGGACAAAAAUAUGGACAAAUAUAAGAGACAUCUGAAUAGAAUUGGUUCUCAGGAAGAUCCAGCUAUUAUGCUACAUCAAGAGUUUAAAACUCUGUUGUCAAGUAAUACGGUCAACGGUUACCAUUGGUUGGAUAAACUGCGAGCAAAAGAGGCAAAGCUACGACAGAAAUUGGUUGUUCAAUACGGUGGGGGUCAUGGCGGCGAGGAGAAAGUCAGACGCUUAGAAGCACAGAUAAUGGUACCUCUUGAUGAUAACAAUGCUUAAGAUUGAAAAUAUGGCUCAUAUAUACAAAGUUUCUGUUCGCUGUUACCCAUGAGUAAUAAUUAAUUGACGUAAAAAUCGAAAUCAAAAGCUUGAUUCGAUUUUUUUUAAAACUAUAAAAUUUCUCACAUUUGUAUAUCCAUAAUGUCCGUAAACAAUAAUUCUACUAUUUGAUUUAGCCCCUUCAUUACUCUUCUGAAGGACUUACUCUUAAAAUUUGUAAGUGAUAAUUGACAGGAUAUGCUGUUCGUAUAAUAUAUGCUAGUGAGUUAAUAAAAUUUUCCUGUUGGUCUGAAUCGUA